CAGACGUUGCCCGGGCUUGCUACCCAUGCCUGCCUACCUCCCAACUCAUUACCCCAGACGGAACUCGCUCUUAAGCUCCGUCUUCCCCCAGCUUUUCCCAUGGUCAUCUGUGCCUCCGCACUCUGCACACCCUCCAUCACCUCACAUCCCACUCCAUACUCCGACCAAGCAUAUCCCACAAUGGCAACGGCAACCGAACACAACGACGUCGCCCGUGGUGACAUUCCCGCCAGCGCCACAAAGGAACGGAAGCCCUACGAUUAUGGCGGCAAUCCUCUAGCCCAUGCGCGCACAAAUGAUCCCGAGAUGCGGCUGGCAGCCUUCGGUGGUGACUUCCAGCCCGGCCUUUACAGAGCACCAAACCGCAAGUUUGCCAAUCCCGCUCCUCUGGGUCUCUCCGCUUUCGCCUUGACUACCUUCGUGCUAUCUCUCAUCAAUGUGGGUACCAAGAAUAUCGGCGAACCCAACCUCGUCGUGGCCAUUGCCUUCGGCUAUGGUGGUCUGGUCCAGCUCCUCGCUGGCAUGUGGGAAAUGGCCGUUGGUAACACUUUUGGUGCUACUGCACUUUCUUCUUACGGAGGCUUCUGGCUCUCCUUCGCAAUCAUCCUCACGCCGGGCGGUUUCCAAAUCGUGUCGACUCUCGAGGAGAACAGUGCGGAGCCAUUCCUCAACUCGUUCGGUCUCUUCUUGAUGGGAUGGUUCAUCUUCACCACAAUCCUUCUCAUCUGCACGCUCCGAUCGACUGUAGCUUUCUUCUUGCUCUUCUUUACCCUCGACCUUGCUUUCCUCUUGCUCGGCAUCGGGUACCUCCAAAAUGACGGCACUGCUCCUCAGGAAGGUUGCAUCAAAGCCGGUGGUUACUUUGGUCUUUUCGCUGCUUUCCUCGCCUGGUACAAUGCCCUGGCCGGUAUCGCCGACAACUCCAACAGCUUCUUUGUUAUCCCCGUCGCCCACUUUCCCUGGUCCGACAAGGGCCGCGAGAUUCGUGGAAAGACCGACGAACACACCGCUUAAGUUGGCCACCCCGAGGAACACGAGACGAGACGAGACGAGGCGAGGCUUUCCUUUUUUAGGUCUAUAAUUAAUACGUGGGAGUAUCCGCUGAGAUCUUGUAAGCGAUCGAAGACAUGACCCUUGUGUAUAAUCUAG